AUGGGCCGUGCAGAGACAUACCACAAGUCUGCUCGCGACACCAAAUUAUUUGCCUGUGUUGUUGUAAUGGAAGCUGGAACCCUGGAAAUAGAAGGAGAGAACGGUGUGCCAAGCCAAUGUUACUGGAACCAGCAUCUGGAUGUUGAUCGUGAGUUGAUCUCUGAGAUCGAGGCAGCCAACAGAGGAGGGAGCAGGAGGCAGCCAACAGAGGAGGCAGGAGGCAGCCAACAGAGGAGGGAGCAGGAGUCAGCCAACAGAAAAGGAAGCAGGAGGCAGCCAACAGAAAAGGAAGCAGGAGGCAGCCAACAGGAGAGGAAGCAGGAGGCAGCCAACAGAGGAGGAAGCAGGAGUCAGCCAACAGGAGGAGGAAGCAGGAGGCAGCCAACAGAAAAGGAAGCAAGAGGCAGCCAACAGAAAAGGAAGCAGGAGGCAGCCAACAGAAAAGGAAGCAGGAGGCAGCCAACAGAAAAGAAAGCAAGAGGCAGCCAACAGGAGGAGGAAGCAGGAGGCAGCCAACAGAAAAGGAAGCAGGAGGCAGCCAACAGAAAAGGAAGCAAGAGGCAGCCAACAGAAAAGGAAGCAGGAGGCAGCCAACAGAAAAGAAAGCAAGAGGCAGCCAACAGGAGGAGGAAGCAAGAGGCAGCCAACAGAGGAGGGAGCAGGAGGCAGCCAACAGAAAAGGAAGCAGGAGGCAGCCAACAGAAAAGGAAGCAGGAGUCAGCCAACAGAAAAGGAAGCAAGAGGCAGCCAACAGAAAAGGAAGCAGGAGGCAGCCAACAGAAAAGAAAGCAAGAGGCAGCCAACAGGAGGAGGAAGCAAGAGGCAGCCAACAGGAGGAGGAAGCAGGAGGCAGCCAACAGGAGAGGAAGCAGGAGGCAGCCAACAGAGGAGGAAGCAGGUGGCAGCCAACAGGAGGAGGAAGCAGGAGGCAGCCAACAGGAGGAGGAAGCAGGAGGCAGCCAACAGGAGGAGGAAGCAGGUGGCAGCCAACAGGAGGAGGAAGCAGGAGGCAGCCAACAGAGGAGGAAGCAAGAGGCAGCCAACAGGAGGAGGAAGCAGGUGGCAGCCAACAGAGGAGGAAGCAGGAGGCAGCCAACAGAAGAGGAAGCAGGUGGCAGCCAACAGAGGAGGAAGCAGGUGGCAGCCAACAGGAGAAGGAAGCAGGAGGCAGCCAACAGAGGAGGAAGCAGGUGGCAGCCAACAGAGGAGGAAGCAGGAGGCAGCCAACAGAAGAGGAAGCAGGUGGCAGCCAACAGAGGAGGAAGCAAGAGGCAGCCAACAGGAGGAGGAAGCAAGAGGCAGCCAACAGGAGGAGGAAGCAGGAGGCAGCCAACAGGAGGAGGAAGCAGGAGGCAGCCAACAGAAGAGGAAGCAGGUGGCAGCCAACAGAGGAGGAAGCAAGAGGCAGCCAACAGGAGGAGGAAGCAAGAGGCAGCCAACAGAGGAGGAAGCAAGAGGCAGCCAACAGGAGGAGGAAGCAAGAGGCAGCCAACAGGAGGAGGAAGCAGGAGGCAGCCAACAGGAGGAGGAAGCAGGAGGCAGCCAACAGGAGGAGGAAGCAGGAGGCAGCCAACAGAAGAGGAAGCAGGUGGCAGCCAACAGGAGGAGGAAGCAAGAGGCAGCCAACAGGAGGAGGAAGCAGGUGGCAGCCAACAGGAGGAGGAAGCAGGUGGCAGCCAACAGGAGAGGAAGCAAGAGGCACCCAACAGAAGCCAAUAUACAUCUAUACCAAUAGCUAACGAGAUCCUCCGUCCGCCUUCGUUGCCAAUUAAGAUCCUCUGCAUAAUUGAAGCAGUUGAUAGUGGAAAAAUUUGGACGUUGUGUUCCUUGACUUUAGCAAAGCUUCUGAUACAGUGCCGCAUGCAAGACUGA